AUGGUCGAUUUCGGAGGCAUGCUCAAGAAAGGCAAAGACUUUGCUAACACUCAAAAAAAGAAUUUUGAAACUAAGACUGCCUCUAAGGACAGUACUGCUCCUGCUACUACUACUACUACUACCAAAGAAGUUAGUACUAGUGCUACCACUACAGAGGCUUCUGCUCCCGCCACUGCUACUGAAGGUACUGCACCUUCUACCACAGAAAGUACUGCUACUGAAACCACAGAAGUUACUGCUGUCUCAGAGGGAGAAGGAGCAGAAGCUGGUGCCGCAAAGUCUAAAUUCGAUAUCAAUGGACUUAUCAAGAAAGGAAAGGAAAUGGACAAAAAGCAAUUGAAAAAUAACGCCAAAGAUGGUCUUUCUGUUUACAAGAGUUUCAAGUAUGGAGGAUCUUUCACUAAUAAUGCUACAAAGGCUUAUAAGGAAGUUAGUUAUAAUCGUAAGAAGACUGCAGAAGAAGAUAAGAAACUUGCAGAAGAAGCGGCUGCAGCCGAGGCUAAAGCUGCAGCUGAUGCCAAAGCUGCAGCUGCUUAG